AUGGUUUGGUGCUUUGUGGAACUGGUGGAAAGGAAAUGAUGUGCGAUGAAGCAAGCACGGUUGGAGAUCACAAGGAUAGCCAUAAGGUUGGAGGCUUCAAUCCACUUGUAAUUAAUAAAACUCACUUCUGUCGCAUGUUCUAUCACGUUUCAGAAACACGCCAUGCUGGAUUUCUGUGUCUUCACAGAUUGUAGUGCAACAUUGAAAGGCGAGGAAACAAAAAGAAAUUUCUCAUUUAUGUAUGGUAGGAAAACAGCACUCAAGGUGAAAGACUGUACACAGAAAUUGAUUAACUUAUUUAGUGUUUAUUGCUCGACUGGUAGCAUAAAAUUGCAGAUCUAUCUAUGCCAGUUGUACAAAGUCGACAUGGACGUACCGCAUAAAAUUUCUCUUGCACAAGACAUUACAAAUGCUCAACUGGGCCUUAAAACCUUGCUUUCUUCUGGUAUUGGAGUUACUGCUAUGUCACAACAAACUUGGACGAAACUUGCUGAAUUUGCCGACAUUGAAUUACCAGAAUACCAAGACAGCGCACGACAAAAGCUAGACAAACGUAUCGACAACUUCCCUUCGAAAAUGAAGAGAAUACAGACUGCCACACUGCUGUACAGGUUUGCAAACGGUUAGAAUAUUUUUUAGAGCGAUCUAUGAGUGGCACUGAACUGAACUAUAGAAAUAUGUACCCAAUGGGGCUAUGUAUGUAAACCAUUUAAAGUUAAGAAAGGAAACUUUGAUAUCAGAGUACAUCGGUCCGUAAUAUACCAUAAAGGGGUUAGACAACCGAAUCAUCCACAUGUUAAUUAUCUUCACUGAUGCAGUUUGUCAAUAAGAGAACGGUGGUCCUAGUGACGGACGAUCGAAAGUAUCAUUUUUCUGUAAUAACUGCAGAAUCCAGUAGGAGAGGAAUUGUUUUUAGAUUUAAGGUAUUAGCUGGUAUUCCACGUGUGUUUCAUAAAAAGUGAAAAAGUUUAAAUGAAAAUAACGCCAAACUUUGAAGUGUUAAUUCCCUUAAACUCAUACACUUUAGGUCUUUUUCUAGCGGUCGUUCAAUCUUGGAGAACCUGAAAGUUAGUAAAAAGCUUAAUUCGGUUUCCGGGUGUUAAUUGGAAGUGCGUUUAAUGUCAUAACAAAUCUAACUUGUAUUGAGAAUGAUGUUGUUUUUUAUGCCAUUCUACUGUUAUGCUAAAAACCUCCAAACAUAACCACAUAUAAGGCUUAAGGCCUAAUGCAAACAAAAGUAAAGUAAGAAAAUAUAAUAGAUUAAAAAAAAUCAGAGUUCAGGGUUUUAAUAACACACGACUACAACAAACGUAUAAAGAGUUAGCUGCCUUGAGAUCAGUGAAUUCACAUGAGGAGCUGGACCCGAAUGGAAACAAAACUUAAGUCAAACCACAUGUGUGUCACUGAGAUUAUUUUUGGAAAGUAGGUCAUCGCCGGUUUUCCCUAAAAGGGGGUCUUUUCUGGGAGUUAUGACAUAAUCAUGUCAGUAUAUUUAACCGAAUGUCCGAGAGGAAAGUGUUCAGUACUGUUUUUUUCUGUUCUUUCAUCCGCAUCGUUCCCGAGGCGUUUCGAACCAGUUGUCGCUGCUGUAAGUGCAGAUAUCUCGAAACAUUUUGAAGACAAGUCCUUUCUUGAUUAUCAUAUAUUGACUGGAAUACAGUGGAGUUCAUGGAUAAUCGACAACUUUAUACACCAGGUGACUGUACUUCAAUGCAGUGCAAAAUUAAAGAAGAGUGCGAUAGAAUGAGCAUUGUUCAUGAUCACAAAGAUAAUCACAAAGUUGGCGGGGAGAAUUCUUUGGUAGUUACAAAAGGACAGUUUUGCGCCAUGUUUUAUCAUGUUACUGAGAGAAAGAGAGACAAAAUUUGCUUUAAAUGCCUGGAAAAGUCGAAGUGUCAGGUCGGGAAUUUAAAGAUGACGAAGCGUUUGUGCUCGAAUCCAAAAGUUCGCGCCCGAACUGUUGUAGUGUAUGUUCGGUUGACUGACCGAAUGGGUGACUUGAUAUUCCACGCCAGAUAUGGAAAUUGUUUCCAGGGUAAAAAGAAAAAUACAAUCCAUGCAGAGCAUUUUAUGCUUGAAGAUGAAGAGUUCAAACAAUAUGUGAAAUUCUUAGGAGAUAAUAAAGGAGGGAAAAUUGAGAUGUACAUGAAUAAACAGCCUUGCUUUAGAUCAACUAGAGUGAAGAGGAAGGCGUGCGCCCAAGAACUGGUCAAUUUCUACAAGUUAUUUUGCUUAUCACGUGGAAUUAAACUCACUGUAAAUCUUUGCCAGUUGUCCAGAGUUGAUGUUGACAUGCAGCUCCCUUCGCCCUCUCUAAACAACGAUAAACAGAAUGCUCGCCAAGGGAUGCAAGUGAUGAUGUCUGCUGGUAUUGAGCUGAAAGCUAUGGAUGAAGAAAGCUGGCGAAAACUUGCAGGCUAUGCAAACAUCAUAUUGCCUGAGUACAUUGAUGGUGACCGGCAAAAGUUAGAUCAACAUAUUGAGGAGUUUCUCCAGGGCAUAAAGCCGACUCCGUCAGUUCUCCAGCCUUAACCCUAGUAAGGGAGUAGUGUAAAUAUGUCAUAAAAACUAUAAAAUUAUAAAAAAAUGUGAAUAUAGCUAAGAUUUAAAAGAAUAUGACAUCAGCCCCUUCGGGGCCACGCGGGAAAAUGACGGAAAAUAGUAUUUUAGAGUUAAUCCAGAAUCGGCAUAUUUACGCUACUAUAAACACAUUCAAUAUUUUUACAUUACAAGGGAAAUCUCCUAUUGGCAACAUUUGCUAGUUUGUUUUGACUUUGUUGAAUAUAUAUUGAUCAUUUGCAGGGUUUUUUCCCGUUUUUUAACCACUCAAAGUGAUUGAAGAACAAGAUAGAAAAAGAGAACUAUUUUCUCAUUAUGAUUUUUACCUUUAUGAUCCAGAAAAUUAUAAAACAAUAUUGACAGAGGAACAUAAGGAUAGGAAAAUUAAAGAAAGAAAAUACCGUGCUUUUAUUUUAACGAUGAUCAAAUACAAACAAAAGAGGAUGGAAGAAAUUACAUAGAAAUUAUAGAAUAUGAAGAAAUGGAUUUAUUUGGUGAUUGUUUAGAAGAGAUAAAGAAUAAUAUUAUCUUGAUGAACUUGAGAAAGAAAACAGAAAUUGUAAGAGGAAGAUCUUGAACUUUUAUCAUGAUGAAGAGGAAGAUCAAAAUAAUUCAUAAGCCCUUCGGGGCUUUUCUUUAUGCCGAUCAUGUUUUACAACUUUUAUCUAACAUUGUAAUAAAGUGGCCAACGAUAAAAAGAUUGUAAAUCUUGAAGUUAAUUAUGACAGUAAUGAAAUUAAAAACAAAGAUGAACCUAAAAGUAGCAAAAAUAUCCAGUGGUACUUACGGGUAUUGAAAGGCCCUCCGGGGUCCAGUUGUCAGUGAGUCUGUAAGAUUGUAGUAGGAAGAAAGGACACUCAAUUCACUUUUAGGGCCUCUUCAUAUGAGCCCAGUUGACAGGGUUGGCCCUCAGUGUUUCCGAGAUCUCGCCUGAGCUCUAAAACAUGCCUUUGUAAAAUUUUCGAUGUGUUCAUGAGAGGGACGCACGGACACAUUUAAACGAGUUCAUAUUAACUCCUAUGUACUUCGUGGGUAAACAAGAAUUAAUUCAAUUUUAAUUAUAAUGUAGGGCGGGCCAGCUCGGCUCCCGAGAUCUCGGUAUAAGCGGCCGGAAAUUUUUCCAUAGGAACACUUCAAUUCCCGGUUACCGGGAUGAACGGUGGGAUGAAUUCUUGCGGUCCGCAUGGCAUCGUCCUGCAUUAACUGCUGUAUUUUCCACAUCAUAAGUAUCCCAUUUAACUGCAGGAGUGAUACAGCUUGAAGAGUUACCCAAGCCACCGCCGUAGCCAGUAGGGAACUUAAGAUGGAGACGUUUUCGGGGCGACGGCGACCGGACUGGCAGAGAAAGCCUGGAACUAAGGCAGCCGUCGCUCCCCGUCAAAAAUAGAACAUUAAGAUCGCAGGGAACUCAGAAGGACGGCGCCUUUAAUUAGAAGAAUACCGAAGAGGAAAAUAUGGCUUCACAUAAAGAAUUAAGAGAAUAAAUAUUUGCUAUGCAGACAACAUGUAUCGGAUGAAGAGUUUCUCGUUUUGUGGAAAAAUUAUGAGUCCAAAAAUCCCGAUUUUCCUCGGGACAGUUACGAUCCGUUCACGCUAAAAAACAUGCGGGAUGCAGCUGAGUUCAAGGCAGAAUUUCGUGUUGAAAAAAAAUGAUCUCCACAGGGUUUUCGAAGCCUUGCAAAUUACAGGAACAUUAAAAUGCUACCAAGGAACCGUAUUCUUAGUUUGGCAUUGAAAUAAUUCCCGGGAAAUACUUGCAUGCAAAAACAACAACAACGGCAACAACUUUAUUUCAGUAUUCCCACGCCGAGUUAGUACAUGGUAUUACCUACUAUUCUAUAUAAUUUUCAAUGCGUUUCAUUUAUACGAUGUUCUAACGAAAAGAGCGAACUAAAAACACACAAUUGAAAUAUCGGAGUUCAUAUUUUUUGUCUGGAUACUUUUAUUUGGCUCGUGGGAAAAUUUUGUCCCAUGUCAAGCUCACUUACGGUUGGCUGUUUGCCAAGUUGGAUCUUGACCCUGUGAAAUGAAAACAUAGAAACAUUCAAAGAUGUAAGUUUAGCGAACAUAGCUUGGAAAUCGAGCUUGAAAUGUGCCUCAAAGAAAACAAGGACAAUUUACGAACGAUAAUCUGCAAAAUGUUGGUUGCUAAACGCAACAAACCUGAUUGAAAUGACAGUUAAAUACUCACGUUUUCGCCACAACGCCAAACAGACCAGUUUCACGUCGCCGACGGGAACACGACGGCAAGGUGGUGAGCAGGAGCAUGCGCAAUAUCCAACAAAUGAUGAUGUCACGUCCGGUUGAAGUUGCCGUCGCCCCGAAAACGUCUCUAUCUUAAGUUCCCUAGUAUGAGGCGAACCGAGGCACUCGCCUCGGUAAAAUUUUACCAAAUACUGUCGAUUUUUAUUUUUUUUAUCAGACUGAUAAUAUUAGAAGAUUUCAUACGGCUGAUUUCGUACAACGGACCGUGUGUUCGCCUCGGUUGUAGUUUCUUCCUGGCUACGGCCCUGCAAGCUAUGAUAGGCCCCGAAAGUUAACAUUUUUGUGUUUCGCCAUGUUUGCUUUGUUUCUCGAAUUUGGCGCCAGAACUCGCGUCCUCAGGAUAUUUGACCUUUUCUCAUCUCGGAAACCGCGGGCUGAAAUUUCUCAAAUGAACUCACGGCGAAAUUAAUCCCGGUAACCGGGCUCAUGUGAAAAGGCCCUUAAUACCUUACACUUUUUAUCUUUCUUUCUAUCUUGGAAAAGUCUGAAAGCCGUAUAUCCAAGAAAGUCAGUUAAAAAGCAUGAUUCGGUGUCGUGUUCAAACGUGUUCAAAGGAAGUCCUUUUAAUCAUUUUUAUGUCCUGCAAUAACAAAUCUUGUAUUGAAUGAUACUGUCAAGAAUGACCAUUCUACUGUUGUGCUAAAAUGUCACCAAGACAUAACAACCGUAUAAGGCAAGGCCUGAUACAAAGAUAGUAACAUUACAGAAUAGAGAAGAAAUGAUAGAAAUGAGUGCUCAGGGUUUCAAUAUCACACAACUAAAACAAACUUAUGGCAUUACAUUAGUCAUUACGAGCCACUGAGAACAGUCUGGAAAGGAAAUGUAACGUAUCUCUUGUGUGUCGCUGAGACUAUGUUUAGAAAAAUACGUCACCGUUUUCGCGGAAACAAUAGCUUUUCUAGGAAAUAUGAAAAAUUUAUUCAUAUGUAGUCGAAUGUUUUUUUGUGUAUGUCAGUGUGUCUUGAACCGUUCAGGCAAACCUUUCGAACCUGCUGUUAGUACAGUUUGUGGCUGGUUUGAUACUUGUACUCUCUUCAAUUUUCUCCAAUCUUUCGAAUAGUGCUGCCCGUGACCUUAUUAUAUACAAAGGGUUUGAUAAAAGUACUUCGCUCUACUCAGUAGCUCAGAAAAUCACGAUAGGUGAUCGAGGCGAAAUGAGCGAAAUAGCGUUGGCCAUUUCUGAUGAAGGACGACUAGCAGUUGUGAAAAGAAGUGAAAACCGAGUCGAGCUGCAUAAUGGAGCGGAUAGUAAAGAUACAAGGUAGGUAAAUAUAACGACAAAACAAAAUCUUAUAAGACCACACAACGUUUGUUUUGCCUUGAACAACCACCUGCUAAUCACAGAUGUCGGUGACCGCAGUAUCAAGAUAUACAGCUUAAAGAACGAAGAGCCACAACUUGUGCGUAUCAUUUGCUACGAAAAGAAAGCACAAGCUAUAAUCCAGAUGGAAACUCCUGGAGGCCCUCUUUCUGCUCUUUCGUCGCCAGAUAAAUACCUGACUCCUUUUACUCUUACUGUUGGACCGAGUCCACUUUCUCAGAUUUUCGCUGUUUUUGAAAACUUUAUUUUCAUGAUUACUAUCGACUGGAAGACAGUGGAGUUGAUGGAUUAUCGACGGCUUUCUACACCAAGUGAUUGGACUUCUAUGCAAUGUAAAGUUAAAAAAGAGUGCGAUAAAACGAGUAUUGUUCAUGACCACAAAGACAAUCACAAAGUUGGAGGGCAGAAUCCUUUGGCAGUUACAAAAGGACAGUUUUGCGCCAUGUUUUAUCACGUCACGGAGAGAAAGAGAAGCAAAAUUAAUUUCAAGUGCCUGCAAAGGAAGAAAUGUCGGGUUGGGAAGAUGGCAAAGCCGCACUCGAACCCAAGAGCUGACUAUGCCGCAACUGUCGUAGUGUAUGUUCGGUUGACUGACCAAAUGCGUCGCUUGAUAUUCCACGCCAGAUAUGGGAAUUGUUUCGAAGGUGAAAGGAGAAAUACAAUUCAUGCAGAGUAUUUUAUGCUUGUAGAUGAAGAGUUCAAUAAAGCUGUGAAACUCUUAGGAGAUCAGAAAGAGGGAAAAAUUGAGAUGUACAUGAACAAACAGCCCUGCUUUCGAUCAACUGUAAGAUCAACACCACCGUAAGAUAUCUGGAGUGAAAAGAAAGGAAUGCGCACAAGACCUGGUCAAUUUCUACAAUUUUUAUUGCUUUUCACGUGGAAUAAAAUGUAUUAUAAAUCUUUGCCAGUUGUACAAAGUUGACAUGCGUCCUUCGCCUUCUCUUGAAGACGAUAUUCAAAAUGCUCGCCGAGGGAUGCAAAUGAUGAUGUCUGCCGGUAUUGAGCUGAAAGCCAUGACAGAGGAAAGCUGG